AUGCGCGGCUCCAGGGGCGGGCCCCGCCUGUCAGGAAGCCCCGCCCACUUCUGGGAAAUCCGCACCUCCCCCGCCAGGACACGAGGACCCGAAGGGGGCGUGGCCCGGCGUUUGGGCGGGGAACGGAUUGGCUGCGGGGCAGAGAGAGGCGGGGCGAUGGUUGGACGCGGGGGUGGGGGGCGGGGCUUAGGGCUGUGGAGCGCGGCGAUGAUUGGUUGUUGGCUGCAAGGGGGCGGGGAUGGCGAGGGGCCGCGAGGGGGCGGGGACGGCGCUGUCAGCGAGCGGGCGCUGCGGGGAGGCCGGAGGGGCCGGUAUGUGCGGGGCCGGGGGCGCCUCGGCCCGGGCGGACCGGAGCCUCGGUGGGAGGAGAGACCGGAGCCCCCGGUGGGAGGGGAGACCGUAGCCCCGGGAAUUGGGGAGACCGGAGCCCCGGGUGGAGCGGGGACCGGAGCCUCGGGAGCUGGGGGGACUGGAGUCCCGGUGGAAGCGGGGACCGGAGGCCCCGGUGAAAGGAGAGACCGGGGCCCCGGGAGUAGGGGAGACCGCAGCCCCGGUGAUUUUGGCGGACUGGAGGCCCCAGUGAGAGGAGGGACUGGAGCCCCGGGUGGAGCGGGCACCGGAGCCCCCGUGAUUCGGGGGGACUGGAGCCCCGGGUGGGAACAGGGACCGGAGCCCCCGGGAAUUGGGGGAACCUGA